AUAUUGAAAUCUUGUAAAUGGUACUUUUAUUCUUGUCUGUAGUAGAUUAACAUCUAUAGCGUGGCAACACAGCAAGGAACAUCCGCUUGAGUCAAAUGACAUAAUUAUGUGCGCGAAAUUUAAUCUAUUCAAUUAUAAAAGCAAACUAUUACAAUUAUUAAUAUCGUAUACCUUACAAGUUACACUAUUGUUUCACAAUCGUUAAUAAUAAUCUACCAUGUUACAUAUAAAAGCAAGUAAUUUGACUUAUGCUAAGUAUGUUAUUAUUUUGUUGAAAAAGUUACCUGGAACACUUAAACGUUGCCUAGCAACCUUGACAAGUUGUGAUAACAACAAGCGAGCUUUAUUUAAAUUCAAACUUGUAACUUAGAAGUUGGAAUGUGUGUGAAAUGUCUAAAGAAAACAAUAAUUUGAGGCUGCUUGGCUCGCCAGUAAACUUAUCUUAUAGAGGCAAAAAGAAAGACGACAAAAGGAAUAUAAGAAAUAGGCCAAGAUCUGCGCUACAAAACACUUGCAUUACACCGGAUAUUCCUGAGCGCUUCAAGAGACCAUUUUCAGCAGACACUAAAGAGAGAGCACCAUCAACAAGAACUUUCUUUAAAGCAUUCAGUGCUGAACUACUGCAGUCAUAUAAUAAUUCACCGACUACUAUAAAAAUAGUAGCACCAACUGCAGAUUUACUAAAAGACACAAAAUCCAUAGACACACAUACACAGAAGAACAAGGAAAUAUGCAGCAAUGCUUCAGACUAUGGUUCGGAAGACACAUACAUUAGUUUAGGCACUAAAAUAAAAGCUAAAGCCCAAUUAGGCACAAAAAACAAAAACAGUAAUUCUAAAAACUUUAUGAAGUAUAGGAAUAUUGCUAAAAAGAGACAAAAGCCUAUGGAGAGCACUAUAAAUGAGGACCAUGUUAGUCAGGAGUAUGGGCUGGAGGUGAAAAUCAUUGAAAGGACUCCGUCACCAACAAGGAACAAAAAUGUGUUCCAUGAGAGGAGCCUCUCUCCUUCAUACAAGACAAGAGCAUACGAGUCUUAUUUCAUACCUCUGGAGUCUGAUAAAAAGGAAGCUGAUUUGCAAGCCUCCUUUAAAGUGUCCAGCAUACAGUCAGAUGUAGAACAGGCUAUAGAUACUUACAACCGUCGGCUCAAUGUUACAAAACAGCAGCUGUCUUUAGUCGAGGAGGAAUCGACCCAAGACCUGGAGAGUCAGUCACAACGCAUGUCAAGCUUGUCUCCAGAAAACUCCCUCGAAGACAAAGUUGUUAAGGACAACCGCGAGAAUAUGGCUGGAAGAAAUACCUACGUGAUAGACCUAAAAGAUGAUGACUAUAAUAAAAUCACUCAGAACUUUAUCUGCGAAUCUAGGACUUACACCAGCUUCUACGACGACUUUCAUUCAAAUCCACUUGAAGCUUACAAAACUAAAUUGUCUAGCACCGUGUUGCAUACUGAUUCCUCGUCUAAAGACUCUGGAUAUCCUGACAGUGGAGCGAAUGACGAUAAGUUUUACAGACAGAACUAUUCACUGCCAAACACCUCGUUACUGAAAACGUCUAACUCACAUGAUAAGGUCGAGGAACAACCAAAGAGUUUGGAUAGCAUCUCUACGAACAGCAAUGAUAAAAGUUAUUCUAAACCUUAUCCUUUAGACAAUAAAGCUCAGUGGUCCGAGCCGUUGAACCACAGUCGCUUGUUGUACAAAGAUUUCUUUUUGAAGAAGGAAGGUCACAUCGCAUUGCCUCCUCAAAAUUCGCCGAUCAAGAGUGACGUGCACAUACCUGGGAGUAAUGAAGUCUCAGAAGAGCUGAAACCUAACAGCUGCCCAGAUAACUUGGACUAUCCAUCAUACCUGAGAAACAGUACAACCAAAGCGUACACUUCUAAAGUCAUUGAAGAUUAUAAGAAGGAACUCCAAGCUAUAAACAAUCUGCAUGAACUGACCAUCAAAGAUUUAAAGACUGAUGCUGUAUCCCCCACUCCUCUUAACCUUGACAAAAUGUUUGAAGAUGCCUCUCAUUUUGAGGCCAGGAAGGAGAGCAGCGAGACCUCUCAGGAAAGCAGUACACCGGACCAAACACCAGUUAGGAACAACAACACACCAGACAAUAAGAGAGACAUUUCCAAAAUUUCUACAAAAGAACUGAUACAGAAUUAUUUGAAAGUAAAAGAAGGGGAUUACAAGAAUGUACCGACAACAGCGAAGAAAGAUAAGAAAUUCAAUAACGUUGGAUCUGGAGAAAGUUCUAUAGCCUAUACUGCACCUAAACAGGACUGGAACAACAAGAAUUCAAAAGCAGCUGCAAAAAGUCCUAUCCCAGUUAACAUUAGGAACCAAACUCAAAAGAACAUGUUUACUAUGAGAACUCCUUUGAGUGCUAGGAUCGACAGCGUACAGAACGACAAAGAUAUUGACUCGUGGAUGUCAUUAUCAGCACCUUCGCCGAGAGUCCUUGAAAUAGAAGAGAUACAAAUAUCGGAGUCAUCUAAAUCUGAUCCAUCAGUGCCGGAAGAUAAAGUCGAAGUUCCAAGGCCAGUGACACCCGUUCCUUCGGUAGAGAAAGAUACGAAUACUCCAAAAAAAGAACUUAAUGAUAAGUCUACAGUGCUAGAUAUCUACUCGAUGCUCAAAGAGAUCGAAAGUUACGGAGAUAAUCCUGUAACGACAGUUACCAAUACUAAUCGUACUGAAAGCGGUGGUAAUAAAAAUGAGGAAAGAAGCAGUUCGCCUAGGGAUAAUUUUAUGGAAAUAUUCGAGUUUCUGGAGAAAGUGGAGCAGAGCGCGAAUGAUGCUCUAUCCGUCGUCACCAACAGUACUCCGCAAGCUACGCCCAAACUCGAGGCGCUACUGAAGCUGCCUCAGACAGAGCUGGCGCAGCGGCUGGUGACGUGCUCGCUGCAGCUGGAGGAGCGCUCCUGCUGCAUCGCGCUGCUGCAGGAGAGCCUCACCAACCAUAAGGAACAGAUGAUCAACAAAGUGAGCAACUUAGAGAAGCAAUCCAUUCGGAACAUUAACAAAGUGAAACAGGAAUGCGAAGACACCAUCAAGCGGCAUCAGAACUUCAUCGAUCAGUUAAUAAACGACAAAAAGACCCUGAACCACCGCAUCGAGCAGCUGGUGGACGAGCGACGCUCGCUGGAGGAGCGCUGGAAGCGCGCGGCGCAGGCGCUGGAGGAGAGGUACAAGCUGGAGCUACGGAACCAGCACGACAAGAUGCAGGCCGCGCAACAGGUUGCAAGACAGCGCUGGGUUCGACAGAAAGCGGAAAAAAUUAAGGAGUUAACAGUAAAAGGUCUAGAAGGUGAGCUUCGCGAGAUGGCGGAGCGGCAACAGAAGGAGAUCUCUGACUUGAAGAUGAUGCACGCCGAGCACAGCGGCCGGACGCAGGCCAAGCAUGCGCAGGAGCUGGAGGAACUGCGUCGGGUGCUGGAGGAGGAGAAGGAGGCCGCGCUCGUCAAGGAGAGGCAUCUGGCUAGCUCCAGACUUGAGAAGCAGAUCCUGGAGAUAGAGCUGACGUACCAGGAGCAGCGCACCCGCCUCGUGGCAGACAUGCGCGCUGAGAACGAGAGGGUCGCGCGGGACCUGGCCGACAGGGAGCGGGCGCAGAGGGACGAACUCGAAAAAUGGAAAGCUGAACAAGAAAAAAUGAUAGAAGAAAGAAAGCAGCUGAUGGAGCACGAGAUAAUGAAAGAAAAGAAGAAGCACGAGGAAGAAAUGAAACUACGCGAGAUCGAAAUACAGAAGCAGCUAGAAGACUACAAGAAGCAGUUGGAAGUGGAGCAGCAGGCGCAGAUCAAGCGGAAGACGGCGGAGAUCAUAGCGCAGCACAAGCAGGAGAGGGACAAGGAGAUAGAGAGGGCCAUCGAGAGCAUGGAGGCCGAGGCCCAGGCCGGCAGGAGGGAGCUGCAGGACGCGCUCAGGAGAAAUAAGGAUCAGUACGAGGCGGAGCUGAAGGAGCUGGCGGAGACUGAGCAGGCCACGCUGAGGAGGUACCAGGACGCGCAGGCCAGGAUACGACACACCGAGGACAGAUGUGCUGAAAUGGAAGUUAUGAUAUCCCAGCUGGAGACACGAAACCGAGUCUUGACUGAAAAGAAUACUCAACUGGAAUCCCGGGCAGAGGAAGUGAGAGCCAGCUGCGAGGAGAAGUGGAAGAACACGGUGAGCGGCCUCAAGAAGGAGAUGGAGGACAUGAAGAAGGUGCACGAGGAGCAGAUGCACCAGCUAUACGCCAAGGUAAAAGUAGCAGUAGCACGAAAAGACUCAGCAAUACAGGCACUGACUCGAGAAGCCGGCAAGUACCAAGAGAAGAUCACACUGUUGGAGCAGAAACUGCAGCAGCAAAGGAAAGACUACCUCAAGCAUAAGUGAAUAAGGACCAAUUUACCUUAACUUUAUAUGAACCAACUGUGUUUAAUGUGUUAAUAAUCUUGUGUAGGUACUUGGGACUAAGGAUCAUAUUUUGUGGUCUAUUAUUAUAAUUUAUAUUAGUUUGAUUUUGUGGGGAAAGAGUAAAAAGGAAUCGAGAUCGAUUGUUUUUCUCGCUCGUUAACUUAAAUAUUUUAUGUGAUGUAAUACCAAACAGUAUUUGAUUAUGUGUUCGCCAAUUUAAAUUAAUUUAUUAUUAUAGAACUCAGUGUCAAUUUUGUGCUAUUGCUAGUCAUGAAAAUAUAAUUUCGACAAUCUCCUAUGUUGGUAGAAUUGACGGUAGAUGUUGGUAGAUUCUUACAAAAUUGAGAUUAGAUGCAAAAAUGUGCUCAAAUUUAUGAUUAUGGAUCUUUUACUUAUAGUUAUGCUGUCACAAUGAAUUAAAUGAUAUGUGACGACAUACUAGUCUUAUAAAACGAAUAUCGAUUACUGCCCAGGGAAAUUUAAAUGGCUGAGUCGAGGCCCAGUUUUUAUUUGUAACAUAGCCUACAAAUUGUAAUAUAUGCCAUUUUGUUCAGAGACUUGCCAUACAUAUUCUCAAGUUUUCCUAAACGAAUAAUCUUCACAGUGUGCGCUUAUCCUUAUCGAAGCUAAAUAGAUAUUCUAAAACUUGAUAAAAAAAACCACCAGUGGUGUUCUCUUAUACUACGUAGUUCGUACGUCCACGCAAUGGAUACAAAUUAAGGCACCUUAUUAUUUAAUUUAAAAGCUUGAGUUUUAAAGCUUGUUUGUAGUUUUGGUACUAAAAGAACCCAGGUGUAGGUAAGGUUAUUCAAGAGAAAUCCUUGCUAGUCUGAAUUACACUUAAAGUUACAAAAUAUUAAGUUCUUUAUUUUAGUAAAGGGAUACUGGGAUAGUGUCUAUACUCCUAUUGAGAGCCCUCGCUUAUAGCUUUUUUUGAUUAAAUAUCGGUUGGAUUAAAUAUAAUUUUACUUUUUAUACUCAGUUGCCAUCCAUACUGUCGUUCUACAAAAAUAAAUACCCCACCGGCUAAAAUUGCGUCACAUUGUGUACUGUGUAGCAAAUAAUAUGUAUUAAAAAUUAUGAUAUUUUGUACAUUGUUAUUUAUUUUACCAAAUAAUGUUCUUUUAUUGAUCCCUAAUGUUCUCGAGUUUGACAUGUGUGUUUUAAUUUAUUGUCACUGGUUUUGUACUGGCUUUAAACCACGCCUUUUGGUUAUUUAUUCUACUCAUAUCGCCAUGGAAUGUGCUUGCCAAUGAAUAAAGUAUUUUUUGAACAUUGA